AUGCCUAAUUUUUCUGAUAUGCUGAUAUCAAAAAUUUCCUCUCUUACCAAAUCGAAGAGGGAGUUUGAUAUAGUUCCUCAUUUAGACGGUCCUGAACAUGUUGCAGUCUUGGAAGCUGAUGAUGCUUUCGCUCUUUGUUCUUGCCUUUCUGAUGAAGCACUUUGGCGUCCCACUUAUCGGUCUGCGCUAAAUUCUAAAGGAUCUAUUUCAAUCGACGAUUUAACGUUUCUUCCACUUUUCUCACCUUCCUGUUUAACGUUUUGGCAUCAAAGGAAACAGAAGGUUUUAGAUGAUAAUCUAUCUCUCUCUGAUGAGCUUGGAUUUACAAGACUAAUUCUUUCUAAGUUUCCUCGCUCUACUGAAACUUUGCAACAUAGGCAUUGGGUGUUGGAACGCCUUUCCGCAGACGAAUUUAGGGCGCUUUUCGACAAUGAGGUUACUUUUUGUGAAUUGUUAUGUGAUAAGCACAGAUGCAAUUAUAUGGUUUGGCAACAUCGACGAUGGCUAAUAGAAAAGCUUGGUAUUUCUUCUGAACUUCUCCUAUCGCAACUCAAAGGAAUGGAUGAAUGGAAUGCUCAUCAUCCACUUGAUAUAAGUGGCUGGAGUUAUAGAGCCUUUUUGCUUCAACUUUGUAGAAAAUUCCUACCCAAAGAGGAUUUUGAACGGGUUCUCAUUGGCGAAAUUACGAGGUCACGGGUUGCGGUGGAGGAAUCUCCUGAGAUUGACGCUUUAUGGUGGUUCAAAAAGCAGGUCGUUCAGCUCUUUCUGGAAAGUUUUAAAAAUCUUCAAAAGUUGCAAGAGCUGGAUCCUUCCAUCCAAAUUCGUCUAGAUCUGAGAAAUUUAACGGACAAGGAGCUUGAACGGGUCGACAGUAUUGAAAUUCCUAUGCAAUUCAAUAAAUCCUGGUCUUCCCUCCUUUAUAAGCGCUAUCUUCGAUGGCUAUCCCAAACCAUUGACUCAGAUGCAUCCUGUACCUAA